GUUACCUUAACGUUAUGGGUAUGCGAUACUAUAUCAAAAUCAUUAAUCGUUUUGUUUUAUAGGCGGUAGCAAUUCAUAUUAUAGAAAUACAAUGGAGAAAAUGCUUAUGGUUUUUGCCUUGUUUUCUGCAAUUAUUAAUUUAGGUAAUUGCGCGAAUUUUACUGACUUAGCAACUCAGACAAAGGUGCUUGGCUCCCCAGUUCAAUAUCAGACAACGGCGAUCGGAUUUUCAAGCAACACUACUUUUUACUGGUCGCUAGAUGGUAGUAGAGUGCUCAACGUGAGUUCAAAUGGAAGCGUUUCGUCUUCAUCUCCUAAUUAUGCCGCAACGGCAAACAUCUCUGGCACCAACGUCACAACGGUAUCUAUGACGUUUAUAAUUCUAAACGUGACGUCAGCGAUGAACUACGUCAUUCAGGUGGAGGGUGAUGGGAUUGCCACCAACGCUACUCUCACUGUGCUUGGCGCAUGUGUUGGCUUGCCGAGUGAUCUUACGCCAUCGUGUUCGAUAUACAACUGCUCGGCAGUGGGCGCGAGCAAACCAGAUGUGGACACGAUGAACACGCCGACGUUUUUGUAUUCCUGCCAGAACUCGUCUACAUGUGGCGCUAAUGGGCAGUGGGGAGCCGUAGUAAAGACAUGCGGAAGCGUCAAGGUUGGUUGUCGACAAUCUGGAAUGUGGGGAACAAUGUGUUCUAUGACGUGUGGGUUGGGUUGCCCAGUUGUUGGGAAAUGCGAUUUUACUUCUGGAAGUUGUUUACUCAACAAUGGCAGUGUUACCACUCAAUGUAUGGCGGGUUACCAAGAGAUAAAUUGCGACCAAAUGACACCAAGGCCACAGAUGUCAUGUAGUGCUGGAACAUGGGGUUCUGGUUGCAACCAAAACUGCAGCGCUGGAUGUGUGGUUCCUAAUAAAUGUAAUGGAACAACUGGCCGAUGCUUGACAGCGGAUGGGAGGGAAACUAUGGGUUGCCUCAAUGGAUAUUACGGGGUUAAUUGUGAAAAUAAAGGUUGCGACCCACAGUUGGGAACUUGGGGCAUAAACUGCACAAUGGCUUGUGGUAGAGGGUGCCCAGUACAAGGUGUAUGCAACCAAACUAAUGGUAUUUGUUCAAGUGAAGCGAACCCGUGUUUGAAGGGAUACAGUGGACCUACAUGCGCCACACCUAAAUGUGGAGACUGCAAUGGUGGUGUAUGUGUUGCUCCCAAUCUAUGUCAGCUCUGCCCUGCACAUUUUGCAUCAGGAACCUCAUGCAGAAAUAUUCGUUUGGAUGGAUUUGUUAAAGGAGCAAUCCCAACUUUUGUUAUUCUCGCUUUCAUUGUUAUCUUGCUCUCUGUCUCCUCCAAGUGGUACAUCAGACGAAAACUCAAAAUUAACUGAACUUCAAAUGGACAAAUAUAGACAGCUGAUGACAGGCAUAUAAUAUUUGUUUAGUAAAACAACUUUUCUUGCGUUUGUUUGCGCACCGAUGUUUUAACGUUCUAUACAUGUCGUUUUAUUGAGAUGAAUGACUUUCAAUUUCACAUGAACAUCUUAUAAAACUUUUAAUUGUAGGCGAUGUGCGGCUUUUUGAAUGUUCUGUGUUAUAUAAUAUUUUAAUCACUGUACAAAUUUCAUCAUUUGUUAUGAAUAAAAUUAAUUCAUGAA